AUGGAUGCUCUAUAUUUCGAUACAUUUGGCGAAUGUCCGAUCGAUAGCUCUAUCCCGACCGAUGUCCAAAGCGGUUACUCGUCUUGUUCUGAAUCAGAAGGCACUCCUUGUCCUAGAUGUCUAAGAACGCGCGGAAAGCUUUGCCGGAAAUGCAAACUUAGGUUGCGCGCUCGUAGUGGUGUCAAAGGGAACGCAAAAUCAUCGUUAGAAAUCGUCUCAAGCCAGAAAUCAAAUAUAUCAGAUGACUAUACCGCGGGGCAGCAUCUAGAAAGCUUCGGCCUAUCGAAGUUAAAGAUGCCGCACAUGAUUCCAUCAGAUAACUCGCUUGCAAAACAUGGAGAGCCUGCAGAAGUUAGCGGAGAAGAGACGUCGCACUAUAUGAUGUGGGAAGAGAGCAACCGCGAAGGUUAUAAGAGACGAGCCAACAGAAACCUGGGUUAUAACAAAUGCCAGGAAUGGGAGCACGUAGACUAUGUGGAGUCGAGCUAUAGCAGAUACCAAGAAUGGAGUUAUAGCAAGUAUGAAGAAUGGCAUCAACGGGACUACAGAGAAUGCUGGCGCAGCCAACAUGAAUACCGGCCAAGGCGAUAUAGCGAGCGUAUUUACUUCAUUCAGGGAAGAGCACUACAGCCAUGUCAGAUCCGGUCGAUUAAACUAGGCGUUGAUCGCGACGAGCCACGCUACAUGGCCGAGAUAUGGCAAUAUACUUCUGGCAAGCGAGCGUCAAGUACGCAUUUGGUACUUUACGGCCUGCAAAGCUGCGGGAUAUUAACAUUGCCAUAUGGCAGCAGAGUGUAUGCUGGGCAGCGAAAGCUAUACCUCGAAACCUCUACCAGCUAUCAUUGGUUUAUAUUUUCGAGAUGGGCUGUAAGGACGUGUGUAAGGAUUGUCGCAAUUGCCUACGCACUCUAUUGGUACAGAAAAUUCCCCGAACCUGUGCUGGAGGAACUGGAUUAG